GUGGGGGCGCUCGGCUCUUCAGCCUCACUCGCAGCUGCCGGGAGCUGGGGAGAGCGGCCCCCUCCUCGGGACGGGCGUGCAGACCUCUGACCCUGGAGCCUCUUAGCCGCCGGGAGCCGUCCCCUUGGGUCGUCGCCCGGGCCGCCCGCCGUUCCCCGGCCCCGAGGGGCCCGGCCGGCCGCGGUGGGGGGAGAGGUCAGCAUGAGCCCGGGGCCCCGGCGGGCCGGCGCCGGGCAGGGGGCGGCGGCCGCAGUGCAGCUGCUGGUCACCCUGAGCUUCCUCCCGAGCGUCGUCGAGGCCCAGGUCACCGGAGUCCUGGAUGAUUGCUUGUGUGAUAUUGAUAGCAUUGAUAACUUUAACACCUUCAAAAUCUUCCCCAAAAUAAAAAAAUUGCAAGAGAGAGACUACUUCCGUUAUUACAAGGUUAAUCUGAAGCGACCAUGUCCUUUCUGGGCAGAAGAUGGCCAUUGUUCAAUAAAAGACUGCCAUGUGGAGCCCUGUCCAGAGAGUAAAAUUCCAGUCGGAAUUAAAGCCGGGAGUUCUAAUAAGUACUCAAAAGUGGCAAACAGCACCAAAGAAUUAGAAGAUUGUGAACAAGCUAAUAAACUGGGAGCAAUUAACAGCACAUUAAGUAAUCAAAGCAAAGAAGCCUUCAUUGACUGGGCAAGAUAUGAUGAUUCACAGGAUCACUUUUGUGAACUUGAUGAUGAGCGAUCCCCAGCUGCUCAGUAUGUCGACCUGUUGCUGAACCCAGAGCGUUACACUGGCUACAAAGGGCCCUCUGCAUGGAGAGUGUGGAACAGCAUCUAUGAAGAAAACUGUUUCAAGCCUCGAUCUGUUUAUCGUCCCUUAAAUCCUCUGGCGCCUGGCCGAGGAGAAGAUGAUGGAGAAUCAUUCUACACGUGGCUAGAAGGUUUGUGUCUGGAGAAGAGAGUCUUCUAUAAGCUUAUAUCGGGACUUCAUGCUAGUAUCAAUUUACAUCUGUGUGCAAAUUAUCUUUUGGAAGAAACGUGGGGUAAACCUAGCUGGGGACCCAAUAUGAAAGAAUUUAAACGCCGCUUUGACCCUGUGGAAACUAAGGGAGAAGGUCCAAGAAGGCUUAAGAAUCUGUACUUUUUAUACUUAAUUGAGCUUCGAGCUUUAUCAAAGGUCGCCCCGUAUUUUGAGCGCUCAAUUGUUGAUCUUUACACUGGAAACGUAGAAGAAGAUGCUGACACAAAAACCCUUCUACUGAAUAUCUUUCAAGAUACAAGGUCUUUUCCCAUGCACUUUGAUGAGAAGUCCAUGUUUGCAGGUGACAAAAAGGGGGCCAAGUCAUUAAAGGAGGAGUUCCGCUUACACUUCAAGAACAUCUCCCGAAUAAUGGACUGCGUUGGAUGUGACAAAUGCAGAUUAUGGGGGAAAUUGCAGACUCAGGGUUUAGGAACUGCCCUGAAGAUCCUAUUCUCUGAAAAAGAAAUCCAAAAGCUCCCAGAGAACAGCCCAUCUAAAGGCUUCCAACUCACCCGACAGGAAAUAGUUGCUCUUUUAAAUGCUUUCGGGAGGCUUUCUACAAGUAUAAGAGAGUUACAGAAUUUUAAAGUCUUAUUACAACACAGUAGGUGCCACUGUAAGAAAGGGCAGCUGUUUCCAUCUACGUCAGCAUCACCUUCAGCUGGAAGUUGGGGGGCAGCCGACAGUCCAGCGCUCGGCAGUUGGCAGCCUGAAGGGCCCGCAGAACCCCUGGCUGUCCACCACAGCACACAGACUGCUUCCGUGGGAUCGCGGAAAUGAUUUGGUGAAACGUCACAGACGCAGACAUGCCCGCAGGUGGGUGUGCGUUCUAGCUUCAGAUCUGAACAGGUGCAGCUUUGAUUUUGAACACCGUUCUAAUAAUCCAUUGUGGUACCCCCCAGACUGUAGAAAAUGUGAAUUAAAGUAAAUGUUUCUGCGAUCUUUCUUUUCUUGUUCCCUUCCCCCCCCACCUCCAUCCCCGCCCCGCCUUUGAAAUGUUUCCUGUUAUGAGCUGAGGAUUUGAUUAUAGUUAGUGGAGAAGUGAGAGAGGACGGAAGCAGUCAGAGCUGGUUUCUCGGAAUGGCAGCCACCGGCCUCCAGCGUGCAGGGUUUCCUCGGGCUCCUGGUCCCUGCGGCAGCACCAGUAGGUAGGUCCGGUGACUAAUCCGUUUUAGGAGAGAACGGAGAAGAGUGGAUGACUAACUUGUCCGUAGUCACAAAUUGCAGGUUGUGGGACUAAAGUUUAAAACCAGCAAGUCUGACUCUAUGUCCUUUGCUCGGAAUGUAGUGUAUCUGUGUUAUCACAGAAGUUGGCUUAUAAUACUCAACGAAAAAUUGGGGACUUUGAGUAUUUUUUGACUUGUUUUGAGUCACAAGGCUUUUCAAAUAUUCUUUAUUUAAUUUUCCAGAUAAGUAAUACAUUCGCAUGGUUGAAAAACCAAAAAAUAGGAAAGGCCACACAGUGGAAUGUCUUCUGUCUGUCCUUGGCCAACCUCCCAUACUGCGGACCUGCCCCACCCUUCACCCCUCACCCCAGCCUCUGCCCUUGGUUUCUUAGGUUUCCAUCCACACUCUACUUGGGCUUUACACAAGCAAAUACAAAUGUAAAGUCUUCAUUUUGCCUCUCAUUUUUACCCAGGAGUAGCAUCCUAUACAUACCAUCUGCUUUUACUCACUUAGUUUUUCUUGGUAGUCUUCCCAUCUCACUAGUUACUUCACUCAUUAAAUAAACUUUUUUUUUUUUUUUUUACUAACUGCUCGAUAUUCCGUAGUGUGAAUGGACAGUCAUUUAAUGAACCAACGCCCUACUAGUGGGCAUGUGUCAUUCCACACAUAUGUAAAUAUGUACUUGUAGAAUAAAUUCCGCAAAAUGGAAUUGUUGGGUCACAGGCCAUAUCCAUUUAUAAUUUUGAAAGAUAGACUGUUUCCCUCCACGGAGGCGGUUUCACCGAAUUGACGGAUCUACGUGCUUACCCGCCACCUUACCUACGUGGAUGUGGGUUUGCUGUUUGCUGUCCUGAUAGAUACAAAAUUGUGUAUCAGUGUGUUUUAGUUUUGAUUUUUCUAUUACCAGCGAGACUGACUCCUUUUAACACGUUGAAAAUCCAUGGUGUUUGUACGUGUCUUUUGUGUUCAUAUCUUUUACCCAUUUUUGUACUACACUGUUGAUCUUCUGUUUCUGUGAGUGCUUUGUUACAGAUAUUAAUCCUUUGUAUUUUUUUUCUAUUUGGUGUCUGUCUUGUGACUUGGCUUAUUUAGGAUAGCUUUGCCAUGCAAUUUUUCUUAAUGCAGUCUAAUUUAUCAGUUUCUCAGUGGUUUCUGGACUUUGAGUCAGAGUUAGGAAUACCUUCUUACUUUCAGAGCAGUGAUUCACCUACCUUUUCUUUUAGAACUUUCAUGGCUGUUUUUAGAUCGGAAUUUGAUUCCUUUGGAGUGUGUCCUGGCAUGGGGCGUAAGUUAUGGAUUCGACCCAAUUUCUUCCUGCCUGAUUACUCAGUUGUUCCAGUGUCAUUACUGGACAGUUCUUCUUGUCCUCACCAGUCUGAGAUGCUACAUUUAUUGUAUCUAACACCCUACAUGCAUCUAGGUCUGUAUCUGGGUUCUCCGCUGCAUCGGUCUGUUGACUCAGGUACCAGUACCACAGUUAUUUUAAUUACUCGGGGUCUGUGUUUAAAUAUCUGGUGUGGUGGUCCCCUCUUCUCCCCAACCUCCCUUUUUUUAAAAAAGUUUUCUUUAGCUUUGCUUGUUUAUUCCAUAUGAGUUUUAAAAACAUUCUUGAACAUACAGACCAUGCUAGAACUUGGCCCUAUUCAGUGUUUUCUCUGGGGAGUUGCCCUUUUAACCACCUAAUGUGUCCCUACUCUUUUUAUUCUUUACCGGAUAAGAAUCUACUUUUUACUGCCUGUUGUGUUCAUUAUUUCAGUGUUUCACCUGCCAGUGCCCAGACAGGUGAGGGCCACGACUGGGCAUGCGGUGCCUGUGUAGACCUAUUUUCAUCUCCAUGCUCCUGUUUUAAGAUGGAGUUCUCAAAUGAUUCCUAAGAGGCUAUCUUUAUGUAAAAUCCUUAUUUCCCUUUUUAUUCCAUUAUGAAUUCUUUACCCAAAAGCUACACAUCUGUCAGACUCCUAAAAAAACAGGGAUAGGCCGUUAUAGGAAUAUUAUACUUGUCAAAUCAAUACCUAGCAGAUACAAGUGCAAAUCAAAGAAGUUACCCUUAAAAAAGACACCCGUCUACCACAAGAACAGGAUUGGACUGUUCAUUCACUGUUGUGGAUGUCGGGACAGUGAACAAAACACAAAUACCCCAGCCAUCAUGUAGCUUAUGAAUUCUGUAACCUAACUAGGCUAGCCCUAGCUUCUAGCGAGGACACACCCAGGAAUAGCUAACAUAGAAACCUGUCUAGCAGAGAAGAUGCCCUCAGUGUGAACACAUCUUCGUGUCUCUCUGACGAUGCCAUCAAGUUGUCACAGAUGGAUUAAAAUCACACCGUAACACCCCUCGCUCACAGCAGAGUCCACCUUCUUCAGGAAGCACUCGGAUAGAUUAUUUAACUUUCCAUACGGAUUUCCUUCACAGAAUAUGCCUCCGAAUGGGAAAGUGUUCUCCACUGCGUAGGUGUCAGGUCUGCAAACUUCAGUAAGGGGACGGCAGACCACGGGUACUCAGUAACACAAACUGAAUGGCUCUGACAAAACAUUUGUUCUUCCUAAACAUACCGUUUUAUAUCUCAAUUAAUGCCCGAAUUCAAGGAGCACCAUGUGGGGACCGCCAAGGGACCGGAGGGGCUGUUGUCGGUUAGCAAGAUUCGUGGGAAACUGAGGUUCAGAGAAAGGGAGGGAUUUAGAGGGAAGUCACAAAUCUAGCUUGAGGAAGCAGGCAUCUGAUCUCCAGUUCUGGCCACGCUGAAGUUCAGAGGCAGAAAACCUGUUCUGGAGAUAAAGAGGCUUAAUGUUCUGAGCCUUAACGUUGCAAAAGGGAAGACAGAGUUGGAGGCUAUGCUGGCAUGAAGUAUCAUCAGCUUCUGGGCAGAGAGAGGAGAGGUUUCAGCCACAGGUCAGAGAAAAGAUGAAAAUCCAGCUUUGGAGGAACCAGGUGGAUUCCAUCAGGAGCUGGUGACUUGGACCCGAGGACUUGGAGCCCCUACUUGAUGAUCGGGGCGGUCCACCUCAGAACUCCACACGGAGGGACCCGCCGUGAAGGCCCAGGCCCCGAGGAGCUGCGCGACCGGCACAGGGAAUCCACAGUGAUAUCUAGGUUGGGGGUACGGGGACAUCUUUAGCUACUUCCAGGUAUUCUGACCCACUGGCACAAGGCCUUUGCAUAUAUCCCUACUAAGGGCCGAGAGGAGAGUUAACGGAAGGAUGCUGCUGAGUUUACACCCUGGACCCACAGACUGGCAAACGCCCAAUAAUCCCAGCGUCUAGCACAUAAUAAGCACUCUCUAGACACUGACGGGAUUCCACUCCCUUCGUGCCUUAAAUGUUUCCUCACUUGAAUCACUUUACGGUUUCUGAUGAGAAUUCCAUUAUUUUAGCCUGAUCCUUUCCAACAGCUCCUCUCUCUGGACCAUGAGAAGCCUUAAAAUAGCAUUAUGCAUAGUUAGAAACUUUUUUAAUCACUGAAAUUCUCACUAACCUGGGACAAAAAAAUGGAAAGGCCUAGGAGAUAGGUCUUUGAUGGACCUGACACUUGUCUAGGUUUUAUUAUACAUCCUCUAAAGUGAAAAGGUAUUUUUUAAACAAAGUUUCUUCAGUUGGAAACCUUCAAAAAAGGUUCAAAUACUUACACCCAUCUAAUUCUAAUGUAAAUUUACCUUUAUUAAAAAAAUAAAAGCAAUGUUCUAAAAAAAUAAAAGCAAUAUUCUAGUAAUAUCUACUAUGAGUAAAUAUAAAUGAGAACCUUUUCCUCCAAGCACUUUUCGUGCUCUAGGAUUUACUAAUGCUUACUCCUUUCCUCUUAAUAGGAAUUAAGUGUUCAAGGCCAACAAAGAGCAGUUCUGUUGGAUUUUGGUAAAAGAGGGUAUCUGGGGACGCACUUGCAGGUGUCCCUGAUUUACACAGCUAAACAAGCCCAGUUUUAACAACGUGCCUGAUACAUUCAAGAGAGAACUGGCAUAACUAAAUAACGAUUGAUGUGUAGAGUGCAACCGUCAAAACUUCUUACGGUCCCAGCUCUGUGUAUCACAAUCACUGGCUCAAUUAAACAGGUUAAUUGUAGAAAGAGAAAAAGAGCCGAUGAAAGGUAUCCACACGACUCAGCCGGCACCUGUAGACCGUUACCUGCAGGGGUGCACACCCAUUCUGCAAGAUCUCCAGCAGGUGCACAGAAAUACCCAGCCUUUUAGCGCAGAAUCAGACUUAGUCCACAAUUUUCAGCAACUCUGCCUCUUCCCCAUUUUUAACUUUUAAACGACCAGGGUUUAAAUUUCAUCAUGUUGCCUUGAAACAGGAGGACAUUCGGAUAUUUUACAACCAGUAAUCCCCACUCCUUGUCUUGUCUUAGCCUUUAAUAUUUCACGUAAGCAGUAGUAGCUUUGUUAGUGUACCUAUUUCACAACACUUAGGAAACUAAAGGAAAUUUUCAUUUCCCUUUUCAUACCAUACCUGUAACAUUUCACAGGGUACAUGUGGUCAUUUACUAGGAGAGAGAGUUUGAUACAAUCCUAUUUUUUACAUUCUAGAUGUGUUUACAAUACUUGUGCUUUAGCAAUCCUUUUAUAAAGGGGAAGAGAAAUAUAGGCUCUUAGAACAUUUUUAUCCUUUCCAGUAAAAAAAGUUCAAACAGCUUUAUCAUAAAAAUAGAAUUUUGGCUUUUAUCGGUUAAUGCUGGGUAUUUAAUUUUCCUGCCAGUAGUGAUAGAAUAAUGUGUUGAUACAGCAGGAGUAGAAUAAUUGGAUGAUUUUAGUGAUUUAUUACUAUAUUAAAAAAAAUAUACCUACCCUUGAAUGAUCUUAAGUACUUUCUGUGAAAGCAUGAUCUAAAGUUUUAAGCAUAUGCCGGGUCUGCCUUUAAAUUUUCCUAAGUAUUAGUAACAAAGACAGUAUGACAAGUCAGGUGUUCUUAAAGCUAUUUAGAAUGACAACUUACAAUAUAAUAGGCAACCCAAGUAACCAGUGCAAAUUUUGCUUCAGUGUACAAUUUUCCCUGACAGUAACUAUUUUCAAUGAUGUGUGACCCCAAUUCUUCCAUAUACUAAAAGGCAAGAAUGCUGUUAUGUGGGAUUCUGCAGGAUAAAUGUGUUCUGUACAAAUGACAUAACCCAAUCACAAACCAUUUAUGACUUGAGAUGGCAAUUUUAAAUACUAUCAAGAGAAAGUAGACUUGAUCUCUGUGAAUGAAAUCAGUGCCCAGAGAUAAGUUAUUUCUGAAGACCACAAAAAAAAAAAAAAAAAAACAUUUUGAAAUGGGUUUCAUCCUGAAGGCAGAGCUUAUUAAUAUAACUUUCUCUUCAUCUCCUCCUCCUGUCCUGAGAUGUAAGAUUUCGUAGGCAGAACAGAUACUUUCUGGUAACAGCACUUCCUCUAGUACCUUCUCUCUGAUUUACAGAAAAUCGGAGCAUUCAACUGACAGAGCCAUGCACCACGGUUUUGCAUUCGAGGCAGUUGUACUUCUAGAAGAUCUUGGAGGUUUCAGAGUAGCACCUGUGGCUGGGGAACCAGUAUUUCAGGACAGGGGUCUCAUUUAAACGGAAGAGGACUUCUAAGCAAUGGUCUGGAACACACCCUUUUGCGUGGCUAAGAGGCAGGAAUCCUGCUACAGAAAACUGCCCUUUUUAAAGUUGCAGUUUCUAAUAGGCUGCUCUCAGAGCUAUUUAAAAAUAAAGGGCGUUACUCGAGAUAUGGUGGGAAGUUACAGGAAACCUGUUGAGUCUUCUGGAUCAAGGGCAUUUCUUACUCCUCCCCUUGGGAGAACCUCUCCUUUGUUCCUUGAAGGUAAGGAACCAUCGGUGCUUUGGGAAUGGUGCUUCCUGCAGAGGCCCUCAGGUACCGCUUAUCGGAUUUCACUGGGCUGAAAAACCAGGCAAAGUUUCCACAUAGAGCAGAGCACGUUUAAUAGCGCGAGUCCACUCGGUUUUUAACACACCGACUCAUCACCGAAGCGUAUGCAUUAGUGCCCUGUUGAAAGGAUACCACCUUUUUGGCAAAAUUUAGGAGAUUAGUUGAGGGAACAACUGCCUGGACCUUAAAGAACUCAGAAGAAGGGGCCAAUUACCUGGUACAAGUCCUGGACAUUCUCCUACAUCAUAACUUUUAACACUGGAGUUGCAACUGGCUUUCCGAGAUGUCAACUGUAUUUCGAGUUGAUUCAGAAGCUUCGGAUCUGCAUGACCCGAAGAGGUGAGGACCUAAAGAACACUUUAGUCCAAAAGCCUUAAACAACCAUCAGACCAUGUACUGUAUGCUUUUAAAGUGAAUUAUGCAUAAAAGUCUGUGCAAACUACAAACAUAUAUUGCAAUAACAUUCUCAAAAAAUCCUAGUAUAUAUUUUAGCAUUAUUAAGUUAUAUAAAAUACAUCUUUAUAAAAGUACAGAAUUUUUUUAAAGUUUAAAUUAUACCCACUGAAAUAGGUGGCCAGGCUCACUUUUUAGUACUAAAAUAAGGUUUUUAUCAAUCUAAAUUAUUGCUUAGUCCUAUGGAGCCAUUAGAAACCUGUAACAAAUAAAAAUCAAGUCCUAUUUCUUAAGGAAAAGUGCCUUAUUAAAAAUUCAGCUGUCAUUGAGUUAGUCUCUCUGAAGCCUCUCACUUGAGGAAUCUUCCAUAAAAGUUUUUACUGAUGCUGCCCCUGGCUUGGCUUGUCAGGAUCCAACAUGGAGUCUGGUUGGAAAGUUCCCACCUGUGCCAGGAAGCUGUUUGUUUGCUGUCCCCAGUCAUAGUAGUCUGGAGCAAAACUUAAAAAGAAAAAGACAUAUUGGUGACUUGGAACGCUGUACUUCCUCCUGAUGACCUAUUUUAGAUGGACAGAACUGGGGUUUUUGUAGAUAAAGUGUAGACAAGCCCAGUUUUUUAAAGUAGCUUCUUGAAGUCCAUGUGCAGUGGCCAGAAGUUCACCCGCAAAAACCUACUGAACGCUGUGCAGCCCAGAAGCAUCGUAUUAGAACCGUAAGCCAAUCACUAUGUAUAACAAAAUAUUCCACCAGCAAAUUGUGUCUGACAGCUCUGGACAGGUAACUUCGCACUGAUUUUUGUUAUGUGUCGAACACUCGUAGAAUCAAUAACUGCCCUGUUGGGCUUCUGUGAGUUAAUACCUGUAAAGUGCUUAGAACAGUAUCUCAGUGUCUAGUAAGCCCUCAACAGUGUACCUUUUAUAUUCUUCUUCUCACCUUCCGUGUAGUAGAAAAGGGAUCUUCUUCCACAAGGGGAGUGAGGACCCUCUCAGCUCUGGGCUGCCUUUGGCAGGUGAGAGGCCAGGGCAGCUCCAGCAGGACAGGGAGGGACACACAUAGCGAGAGGGAAAUGUGGUGGGGGAAAGGGAUGAGAGAACAUUCUAGGGAGGAGGGUGAGAACAACUUUUGACCUCGGGAAGUCCUUGGUUAUUGGCUCCCCUCCAGAUUUCUAUGUUCUUCACAUCUGCUGGUGUGGUCUGUGGAUUGCUGUGCUUUCCCCAAGCACCAUCUUGGAUUCUGUCUGGUUCGCUGCUCCCUCAUCUAGUGAGCAAACCAUGUGUCCCCCAAGCUUUUCCUCAGUUCUGUGUCCCUAACACAAGGGCGCCUCUCACGUUUUCCAAGGACAUUUAUUGUUCGUAAUAAGGAGUAAAAAAGCUAGCUUAUCUUCUAUCAUUCCAUCCUGAGGGUGGAGUUGGGGGGGGGGGGGCGGAGGAUAAUUUAUGUUAAAGUGUUAAUGAUCACCCUUUAAAUGUACAAAGGAUUGCAAAAAAAAAAAAAAA